AUGGUAUCAGGGAACCACACGUGGGUGCCAGAAUUUGUCUUCCUGGGGCUCUCACAGACUCAGGAGCUCCAGCUCAUCUUCUUCCUGGUGUUCCUGUUUGUCUACACGACCACUGUCAUGGGGAACCUCCUCAUCAUGGUCACGGUGACCUCUGAUUCCAGGCUCCACACACCCAUGUAUUUCCUGCUGAGAAACCUGGCAGUCAUAGAUGUCUGCUUCUCCUCAGUCACUGCCCCAAAGAUGCUGGUGGACUUCCUCGCUGAGAAGAAGACCAUCUCCUACCAGGGCUGCAUGGCCCAGAUCUUCUUCUUCCACUUUCUGGGAGGUGCCAUGGUCUUCUUCCUCUCAGUGAUGGCCUGUGACCGCCUUGUUGCCAUCUCCCGGCCCCUCCACUAUGUCACCAUCAUGAACACUCAGGUCUGUGCUGGGCUGGUGGCGGCCAGCUGGGUGGGAGGCUUCAUCCAUUCCAUUUCCCAACUGGCUCUGAUGCUCCCUCUGCCUUUCUGCGGCCCCAACAUCCUGGAUAACUUCUACUGUGAUGUUCCACAAGCUGUGUCCGUUAGCCAGACUGUCAUGACCCCCAUGCUCAACCCCAUGAUCUAUGCCCUGAGGAACCAGGAGAUGCAGGCAGCAGUGAAGAGAUUAGGGAGGCAUCCUCUGGCUUGUAAAAGUGAGUGA